UCCCAGUUGUUCACAGCACUCACUCACCGAUCUGAAAACAAACAUGGAGUUUUUCACUCUCCUUCAACAACUUCUCUGGAUCUCCCUCCUAUGUUCAGGGGACUUUUAUGUUUCAGGUCAGGAGUGUUGGAAACCGCUGAUCGACCCGCCGAGUCUGGUGGUGAAGUACGGCGAUCCAGCCUCCGCAACCUGCCGCACUCGGUACAAUGCCACCAUGAUAAGAUGGGAAGCAUCCGCGGGAGCCACCCAGAGGUACAACACACAGCAGCUGGCCUGGAGCGUGGACAGGGUCACCGACUGGACACUGGGAGUGGGGACAGGUGUACCGUGCACCGUGUACAACUACACCAACCACGAUAAUGAAACCCUGCACAAGUACACCAUGACGAAUGACUACGGAGAAGACUCAGAGUGCCAGACCUAUCUACCGAUUGUCAUUUACAAAAUUCCUCGGACUGUGACCCUUCGCUUAGUAAACCACACCGGCCGAGUGCUUGUGGGGCAGCAGUACUCGCUGCAGUGUGAGGUUCAGAGUGUGGCUCCAGUGAACAACCUCACCGUCAUAUGGUUCAGAGGGGACGACGAGCUGGAACAGUCAAGCUUCACUCAGUUCACUAUUGAGGGCGAUCCAUCUCAGGACGUCACUGUGAACACUAUUCUGAGUAUCACAGCUUCCAGAGAGGACCACAGAGCCUCCUACAGCUGUGCAGCUCAUCUGGAUAUGAACACAGCUGAGCCCAUUCCUGUCAUCAGAUCAAAAUCGAUCCGGCUGAUAUCAGAUAAACCCAGAGUGCUGAACUCAACUGGGAACAUGUCCUUCAGCGUUGGUGACAAACUGGAGUUGAGCUGCGUGGCUGAUGCCAACCCCAGCCCCUCCUUCCAGUGGAAGCACAACGGUGUGGAGUUACCGGGUAACAACAACGAUACGCUCCUGAUCGACUCUGUUACUGUUAAUGACAAGGGUGUUUAUGAGUGCAUCAUCAGGAACGAACAUGGAGCAGUGUCUGCAAAGAUGGACGUGAAAGUCGAGAUGAAGGGCAACUCGAGGGGGAUCAUAAUAGGUGUGGUGGUUGUUUCAGCACUGGCUGUGAUCCUGGCAGUAGGGAUUCUGAUCUGGAGGAGGCCCAGCAAUAGAGAUGAUCCCUACUGACCAGAAAGCACCUCCACGAGGAAGGACACCAGCUGAGGCCAGACCUGACAGCCUGUAGACUAAGGGCCUAAUUUUAUAUAUACAGCAUACAGUAUAUAAUUUAAUGACUAUGCAAAAACAAUUUGCUAAUUUAACGGCGCUGGAGAAACAUUAUGAGCAAAUAUGUCCCCACAUGCCGCACUGUAAUGAUAGCGCAGGACACUUUGCUUAUUGAAAGACACUGCACUUUGUCCACCAUUUGAGAAGAGGCCCUCUGGGUGUCAGGCUCAUACUAGGUGGAUCAGAUGGAUCAGUUGGAUCGAGACCUUAUGGGAGCCAGAUUUACGUAUUUUCUUCAAAUAAUUGAAGAACAGAUACCAAUCAUUCACAAAUUACGCUGUUGAUUGUCCCAUGUCAAUAACACUUCAUGCAAAAUAACAUAAAGCAGAGAAGAACCAACGUAAGAGCAGAAAACAAAAUGGCGACAUUAUGAACACUGAUUGCUCACAAUGUUAUUACAAAUGGCUGGCAAUAUGGAGAGGAUCGCAACAGAGAUAUGACUGUCAAAAAAGAGAAGAGACUAAG